AUGUGCCCCACCGAAAAAGCUGUCGCAACGGCCGGCAACAAUGACCAUCUGGUCCAGUCUGAGGACCCCGAGCACCCUGCCAACCUAAUCCCCGAGCUUUGCAGGAAAUUCUAUAACUGGGGUUGGGUCACUGGCACCGGUGGUGGUACUUCGAUCCGCCAUGGCGACCACAUUUAUAUUGCUCCCUCUGGAGUCCAGAAGGAAUUGAUGCAGUCGCAGAACAUCUUCGUUGUUCAAUGGCCCACCCCGAAGUACCCCGCCGAGGCGCGCAACUAUAUCCGCAAGCCCCUCAAGCUCAACCCUUCCGCCUGCACUCCGCUGUUCCUGACUGCCUUUGAGCAUGGUGCUGGCUGCUGUAUCCACACCCACUCACAAUGGGCUGUUCUUGUGACUCUGCUUGUGGAGCGGGAGAAGGGCCCCGACGCUUGCUUCGAGAUCAACAACAUUGAGCAGAUCAAGGGCAUUCCUCGUGGCAAGGGUAAGGGUAUGCUUGGGUUCUUUGAUACCUUGAAGAUUCCCAUCAUCGAAAACACUGCCUUUGAGGAGGAUCUCACCAGUGGCCUGGAGGCUGCCAUGAACAAGUACCCUGACACAUAUGCUGUGCUCGUCCGCCGACAUGGAAUCUAUGUCUGGGGUGACAACACUGCUAAGGCGAAGACUCAGUGCGAGAGUCUGGACUACUUGUUCCAAUUGGCUGUCGAGAUGCACAAAUUGGGUCUUCCAUGGAUCAAAUAG